CUCAAAAGAGAGAAAUUCCCAUCAUCGUAGAUCAAUUUUGUUGGAAGAAAUUCACAGAAAAUGCCAAAAAAUAAAGGAGGAGGACCUAAGUCGAAAGGUGCAGAAGGAGGAAAAGAACCAAAAGAAAAGAAGGGAACAGGAACAGCUAUCAAAGUACGACAUAUAUUAUGUGAAAAACAUUCCAAAAUUACAGAAGCUCUUCAGAAAUUAAAAGAUGGUGGUAAAUUUAAUGAAGUAGCCAGUCAAUAUAGUGAAGAUAAAGCAAGGUCAGGGGGUGAUUUAGGUUGGAUGACAAGAGGAAGUAUGGUAGGACCAUUUCAAGAUGCAGCCUUCAAUCUACCUAAUAGUACAGUUGGUUCACCAGUUUAUACAGACCCCCCAGUUAAAACAGUACACGGUUAUCAUAUUAUCAUGGUAGAGGGAAAGAAAUAACACUGACUUUUAUGAUAUUUUCAUUGUUUUCAGAAGUGAAUUAAAUUUGUGUAAAUAUUCAUUUCUUAUAAAACUGCUCACUCUGAGCUAUAAAUGAUCUAUCAUGAUUACAUAUUCGACACAGUCUGUGGUACGUGUGACAAUAUAAAUCUCUAUUAUA